AUGCCAAGAUACAGCAAGUCUAACUCGCUUAAAAUAAGCCAGAUCACUGGUGACAAUGCUCCACGGUACAACGUAAAAGCUACCCUAGUGCCAUGCACCGGUACGCCAUAUGUUUUCUUGUUUGGUGGGUUCGAUGAGUUCGAUAACUUAGAUAGUAAUGUAUAUCUUUUGAACCUUGAGACUAGGAUGUGGGAAGUUGAUGAAAAACAUGCCGGCUUAUUCAGAGAAGGACAUCUGGCCAUAUAUAUAGGUGAUGGUAAUAUCUUGGUAUUUGGUGGUAUCCCACAUGAUGAAUUCCCAAUGUCGGAUGAACUUCAUGUUUCGAAUGGUGCUGGUAGCACCGGAGGUGCUAGCGGGUUUGCUAAGGAUAGCUUAAUGAUGAUAUAUAAUGUUUUCAGUAGAACUUGGGUUGGACCUCCUAAUUUUACUCUUGCCAAUGCUCCAUCUUCGAGAUCAAGACAUGCAUGCUGUCUUUCUCCAGAUGGUACCAAAGUUUAUAUAAGUGGUGGAUUAGUUAACUCUUCACCUUUGAACGAUUUAUACUGCUACGAUUUGGUUAAUGGACAUUGGACUGGUCCCAUCGACUUUAUAGCCAGAUUUGACCAUUUCAUAUCCGAACACAAUGGUAAACUUUACUCAUUUGGUGGUUUGAACAAAGACAUGAAUCAUGUUAACCAUACCUUGACAUGGUUUGAGUUGAGCGAUUACAGCAUUGGAGAAUUGGUUCUUUUAAGAAAACCAACAAAUUUUGCAUUACCUAAGAUCUAUACAAAUAGAGUCGAUGGCAGUCACAUUUCAGGAGAUGAGGAGGGAGAUGAAGAAGAAGAAGAUGUUGAUUAUGAUGGAGAAGAUUUAGAGUUAAUUCUUAACAAAAGAAAUUAUCAAAACUUCAACUCUGCUGAUUGCGAGCAUAUAUAUAUGGACUCGGGAGUCAAUUCGGAGAUUAAGCUAGAUGUUUCUUUACCUCUGUGGGGUUCGACCAAUCGUGAUCGAGAAUAUACAAUUUCUGCAUUCAACAUAUCGGAGUUCAGAUACAUGCCUUUAUUGAAUAUGAGUUCUGACAGCAGUACGAGAAGUUUCGAAUGGAGGCAUUCAUUUGUUUCUGGCGAUGGGGUGUUGUACUUGUUGGGACAUCCAUCAAUAGAAAACAACAAUACAAGUAGCUCAGCUACACCAGCAGCAGCCAGAAAUACAGGUUCUUCUAAUACGACAGACCCUUCAGCAGCUAUGAGAAUAAAUGGAAGUGAGGAAGGCGACAUGGCGGAAUUCGACGCUGAUGUUUCAGUAGAUGAACCUACAGGCGAAACUUCUAAGUUGACGUACUUCACUGCGAUAAAUGUUGCUGAUUUAGGAGUUCCAAAUCUCCAUGACAGCAGCAUCAACAAUAGUGGAAGUACAUUGUCUUCAGAUUUUAUGAAGUUACUAUUGAACGGAGACUUUUCUGACUUUGAAAUUUUAACUCUAUCUUCAACCCAAGUAAGAGAUGAUUAUCAGAACAAUCCAGAUUCAUAUCAUAAUUUGAUAGACAAAAGAAUGAAUGGUGAACUACUUAAUAUGGAUGGAGACUUAUUUAAAUCUAUCAAAGUCCAUAAGUCUAUUCUUUUGGCAAGGUGGCCACACUUCAGAAGAUUAAUCGAUAGUGGAAUGUCCGAAACAUUGCACAAUAUGAUGUUUAUAGCAGAACCAUUUCUAUGGGUACAAUGUAUGGUAUUCUCCAUAUAUACAGACAACAUCAACUUUGAAAGCAAUGGCCUUUCGACAUCAAUGAUAUCGAUUUAUGAUUAUUCCGGGAUGCUUGUGCUAUCCAAUGUAUAUGAAAUUCCGCAAAUGAGAAGCAAAAUAUUGCACAAGAUGUACCACUUGAUGGAUAUACUUUCAAAGGCUACAGGAACUGUAUCUGAGGCAACGAUAGACAUUAUACUCCAGGUUUGGGCAAAUGUACUUUUAUCUGAAGAACCUGCGUUCUUGUUGUGCAUCACAUCUUACAUAAGAGAUAGAUGGUCCAUGUUUUUAAGGUCCAAAGCGUUUAAAGAUUUACCAAAAGAUCUCAUUAUCAGGCUCUGCGAGGACUGUACCGAUGAUAAGUUGCUUAAGAGUAGAUAUACGAAGUCUUCCAGCAAGGGGAAAAAUAAUAGAAAAAAGUGGAGUAAUAAAGAAGGGAAUACACCCGAGCCUGAUGUUUUGCGCUUACUCAACGGGUCUCCUGAAACACCACAAGUAGGAAGGACUUUAAGACUGUCUCACUCCAAUUCACCAUUUUUACGCCAUCUGGGGAACCAUUCACCAGGUAAUACAACUACACUGGAACCACGAGCUAUCAGGACGUCCGCUAGUUUUCCAAUAUUAAGAAAUUAUGACGAGUUUCGAACACCCUAG